AUGCUGCUGUUCUUUAUCUUGGGAUUGCUCGUACAUCUUGUGUUCUUUGCCUCCAUCUUUGACAUUUACUUUACGUCCCCUUUGGUUCACGGGAUGACUCCUCAGUUUACACCAUUGCCUCCUCCAGCAAGAAGAUUAGUGCUGUUUGUUGCUGAUGGCUUGAGAGCAGAUGCACUUUAUAAGUUAGAUGAAGAUGGAAGUUCCAGAGCGCCGUUUCUCAGGAAUAUCAUAAUGCAUGAAGGUAGCUGGGGGGUCUCUCAUACACACGUGCCAACGGAAUCUCGGCCAGGACAUGUAGCCCUGAUUGCUGGAUUUUAUGAGGAUGUCAGUGCUGUUGCCAAAGGAUGGAAGGAAAAUCCUGUGGAAUUUGAUUCUCUUUUUAAUGAAAGCAAAUACACAUGGAGUUGGGGAAGCCCAGAUAUCUUACCUAUGUUUGCAAAAGGUGCUAGCGGAGACCAUGUUUAUACACAUAGUUAUGGUGCUGAACGAGAGGAUUUUGGUGCCCAUGAUGCAACAAAACUAGAUACUUGGGUUUUUGAUAAUGUUAAGGACUUCUUUCAUGCUGCCAGAAACAACCAGUCUUUGUUUUCUAAAAUAAAUGAAGAGAAAAUAGUUUUUUUCUUGCACUUAUUAGGAAUAGAUACAAAUGGACAUGCUCAUCGACCAUACUCGAGAGAAUACAAGGACAAUAUUAAAAAAGUUGAUGAUGGAGUGAAAGAAAUCGUGUCCAUAUUUAAAAGUUUUUAUGGAAAUGAUGGGAAAACAUCAUUCAUCCUUACCUCUGACCAUGGAAUGACAGACUGGGAAUGGAAACUGGAGAACUGGAAGAGGCUUGAUGUCAAUCAGGCUGACAUCGCACCAUUGAUGGCUUCUCUGAUUGGAGUUCCCUUUCCCCUUAAUUCAGUGGGAAUCCUUCCUGUGGAUUAUCUUAACAACACUGAUCUCUUCAAAGCUGAGAGCAUGCUUACAAAUGCAGUCCAGAUUCUUGAACAGUUCAAGGUGAAAAUGACUCAGAAAAAAGAAGUUACGUUAUCAUUUUUGUUUACUCCAUUUAAGUUACUUUCUGAUUCUAAACAGCUCAACAUUUUAAGAAAAGCAAGAUCUUAUAUAAAACAGAGAAAGUAUGAUGAAGUAGUCUCCCUUUGCAAGGAGCUGAUUAAUCUUGCAUUGAAAGGAUUGUCCUAUUAUCACACUUACGACAGAUUCUUUUUGGGUAUCAAUGUUGUUACUGGUUUUGUGGGAUGGACAUCUUAUGUUUCUUUGUUGAUCAUCAAGUCUCAUUCCAACCUUACAAGAUGUGUUAGCAAAGAAGUUAAGAAACCAAGCUGGUUCUUGCUGUGUAGUUUUAUAGUGACUGGCGUCUUAGUGGCAUUCUUCCUGCUGAUUCAAGCCUGUCCCUGGACUUACUACAUAUAUAGUUUGUUGCCGGUGCCCAUAUGGUAUGCAGUUCUAAGAGAAUUUCAAGUUAUUCAGGAUCUUGUCGCCUCACUGUUGACCUUCCCUCUGCGUCAUUUUGUUGGCUGUCUGUUAGUCUUUACCUUGGGAAUUGAAGUAUUGGUUCUCAGUUUUUUCUACCGCUAUAUGCUUACAGCUGGACUCAUUGCAUUUGCGGGCUGGCCAUUUUUCACUCGGCUGUGGACUCGAGCGAAGGUCACAUCACUGGGUUGGACUCUUUUCUCUUUGCUUCUGGCGGUGUUCCCACUGAUGCCUGUUGUAGGACGAAAGCCAGAUAUCACCCUAGUAAUGGGUGCAGGCUUUCUGAUUCUUCUGCUGUCCCUGUUUGUCAUAACCUCUCUCCUGAGAAAAGAUAAUUUUUUAAAGGAAGAGCUGGUGGUGUAUCUAUUACAGAUGCUGAGCACGGUGCUGUCCAUGCUUGUUGUGAAUAGCACCCAUGACAGUCUCCUCCGGAAACAAGGGCUGCCUCUUCUGAAUCAGACUGUUAGCUGGGCCGUGCUAGCGUCCUCCUUGGUUGUGCCACUGCUGAGUCCCACGGCUGUCUUCCAGCGACUGCUUAGCAUACUUCUGUCCUUGAUGCCGACCUACCUUCUUCUGAGCACGGGGUAUGAAGCUCUUUUCCCAUUGGUCUUGUCUUGCUUGAUGUUUGUCUGGAUACACAUGGAACAGGAAACCCUGCAACAAACUGGUGUUGCCUGUAGGCAGAAGCUCACCAGUAUCAAAUUUUCCUAUAAUACGGAUAUAACUCAGUUCCGACAGCUCUAUCUGGAUGACGUCCGCAGGGCCUUUUUCUUUGUUUUCUUUCUCGUGACAGCAUUUUUUGGAACUGGCAAUAUAGCAUCUAUUAACAGCUUUGACCUUGCCUCUGUCUAUUGCUUUCUGACUGUGUUUAGUCCAUUUAUGAUGGGAGCCCUGAUGAUGUGGAAGAUUUUAAUCCCUUUUGUUCUUGUGAUGUGUGCUUUUGAAGCAGUUCAGUUAACUACCCAGUUAUCAUCCAAAAGCCUUUUUCUCAUUGUUCUUGUUAUAUCAGACAUUAUGGCUCUGCAUUUUUUCUUCUUGGUCAAGGAUUAUGGCAGCUGGCUUGACAUUGGAACAAGCAUCAGCCACUAUGUGAUUGUCAUGUCCAUGACCAUAUUUCUGGUGUUUCUCAAUGGCCUAGCCCAACUGCUCACGACGAAGGAGCUCAGACUGUGUGGGAAACCCAAAAGCCAUCUCAUAUGA